GUAGUGCGUGGUUGGCGUUAUUAAUUACUCCCCUUGUGCGAAAGGGAGCACUCGAGGCCUCCCAUGAUAUGCCAAUUCCACAGCCGAGCGAAGCAGCCAAUGAUCGUAAGGUAUGUAGUAUGCAUCGCAAGCGAACCUCUCGUGACCUCCACUACCUCAUCAUACUAUAGUGAAGAACGUGCAAAGGAGCGAUCCAAGUGAUUGCUAAAUUUAACAUUUUAUGGAGCUCGGCAGCAAAGGUUUGGGGGGCUGGGGGUCCACGAUUACAAUUAUGCCAGUUGAAGAGGUUUAUUGUGGUCGGCCCAUUUUGCUUUCGCGGACACUUGCGUGGGGUCUGGCACACGGCGUCUAUUCUUGUUCUCACCGCCACCAAUGCAUUCCUAAGACAUUGGCUUUGUUGCCCCACCGAGGUUUUAAUUCAAUUGUGGUGUGUCGGGAACGGCUCGCUGCGCUGUGGGCUCCAGCGCACGGCAUCUAUUCUCGUCUCAUCAAAUAUCCAGCUGAACUGGGCUACUUUUAUCUACCGUGCUGUCAAGUGUUAAUAUUGGGCACCUCUGGUUCUCUUGCAUUGUCUCCGACAAGUUUCGGAUUGUCACGCCCCUGCCGCCACUGCUGCACCAAAGUCUUUAAAACCCCACUUCUUAUGCCGGUCAUUCUCGAUCGUCUGCAUGGCGCGUAAUAAUAACCCAAAUGGAAAAAAAAAAUCACUAUGGCUCCACCUAGUGGCUCGGAUGUGCGCGAGCGCAGACGUUUCGAUCUCAAGUCUAGA